ACAAGAUGCAAAUAGCUACUGUGCUGUUUUGAUGUUACGUGAGCAUCCAAGGAACAAAGCCUCUCUCCCCAGAGAGAGACUAUAAAAUGCAUGUUAUGAAUUGUGUCUCCUUGGUCAAUGAUAAAGAAAAUGGAGCUAUUUCAGUUGAAGCUGGAUUAAUGAUUGGAGAUACAACAGAGCCACAAGAACCACAGCCACCUCCACCGCCACCUCUACCUCCUCCACCAUGUCCAUCUACAGAAGCUGCUGGGGUACCACCACCACCUCCACCUCCUCCUCCAGUACUAAGCAGACCUCCAUUGCCCCAGGUUGUAAAUGGGCAUGGCCACCAGAGCAAAAAGAAGCGGAUACGUAAUUUCUUCUGGAAAACUAUCCCUGAAGAACAAGUUCGGGGUAAAACCAAUAUCUGGACAAUUGGUGCAAAGCAGAGCUACCAAAUUGACACAAAGACAAUUGAGGAAUUCUUUGGGCAGCAGGAAGAAGCAGCACGUCUGGAUGCCAGACAUAGAAGUUUAAGGAGAUCAUUUAAGGAUGCCAAACAAGAGAUUAAUAUUUUGGAUGCCAAAAGAAGUAUGAAUAUUGGGAUUUUCCUCAAGCAAUUCAAAAAAUCAUUUGGAUCCAUAAUUGAAGAUUUUCACUCAGGAAGAAGUGAUCUCUAUAGUUCUGAGACACUACGUGAACUUCUUAAGUUAUUGCCAGAAACAGAAGAGGUAAAAAAGUUAAAAGACUUCAGUGGAGAUGUAUCAAAACUGUGUCAAGCAGAUUCUUUUAUGUACUUGCUAAUCCAGGUGCCAAACUACUCACUACGAAUUGAAGCCAUGAUGUUGAAAAAAGAAUUCUCCCCAUCUUGUACUUCUCUGCAGAAAGACAUGACGAUUAUAAGGAAGGCUACUAAAGAGCUAAUGUGCUGUGAAGAGUUACAUUCCAUAUUGCAUUUGGUCCUUCAGGCUGGGAACAUUAUGAAUGCUGGCGGCUGUGCUGGCAAUGCAGUUGGUUUUAAACUGUCCUCAUUACUCAAAUUGGCAGAUACAAAAGCAAACCGGCCUGGGAUGAACCUGCUUCAUUUUGUUGUUUUGGAAGCCCAAAAGAAAGAUAAAGUUCUUCUCACCUUUUCGGAAAAAUUGCAGCAUGUUCAAGAGGCAGCCAGAAUACCUCUUGAUAAUCUAGAAGCAGAGCUUAAUUCCCUCUCCUCAAAAACAAAAUCUCUUAAGGAAAAUAUCCGAAAAGAUCCGGAGCUGUUUCGCCAGAUGGAAGGCUUCUUCCAGUUUGCUGUAAAAGAAAUAAAAGAACUUGAACAGUGGAAACGGGACCUGCUAAAGGAAGCAAAUGCCCUUAUGGACUUCUUGUGUGAAGAUAAAGAAACAGUGAAGCUGGAGGAAUGCUUUCAGAUAUUCAGGGAUUUUUGCCUAAGGUUCAACAAAGCAGUUAAGGAAAACAAGGAAAGAGAGACCCAUGAACUUCAGCAGCGGCAGCGGUUAAAGGAGCGGGAGGGAAAACGUCUGUCAUGGGUUGCUGGAGAGUUCGGGGCUUUUGGCAGGAGCAGCAGCGAAAGUGAUGUCGGUACAUUGACUAGGAGGGGACUUGAAGAUUUUAUGCCCUUCUUGCAGCAGAGACCCCAAAGUCCUGCCCACCGAAAUGCCAGCAUUAGGCGCUCCCGGCAUUCCUUGGGAAUCACUGCAGACCGAGAGCUGUUGGCUUUCCUAGAGAUCUCAAAGGACGAGGAGCCAAAGAAGUCAAACAGCCUCCCCCAUGCACAAGCGAGACCCAGUGUGGCUUGGAAUGAAUCCGAAGAGUCUGGAGAGCAUUGUUUAACUAACUCACCUCAAGCAUCUGAAGAAGGCACGGACUAUGGUUACUUUCAGUCAUCUCCACCUCAGCCUGGUCUCAUAGAAGAUGUAGAAGAAUUCGACACUGCUAGUGAACAGGAGAGUGUGGACAGUGACAAGUACAGGUUCAAUGUGCCUUCUAUGGAAGCCACAGGUACAGCCCCCUGGGACCUGUCUGUUGAGGAACAUGAACUUGUUACUGGGCUGAUUAAGUUUGACCUCCAUGGAGCAAAUGCUACAGAGGACCCAUCUACAGUUCAUUUUGAGAUUGGUGGGACAGAUUUGAAGACUUUGGGUGAUUCGAGCUUCCACUCUCUUGGCAUCACAGGUGAUCCUGUACCAUCCUGCAGAACAUCUAGAGAGACUGUUUAUAAAGUUGAACACGACGCUCUAGAACUUAGUGAUAGCCCCACUUCUACAGAUAGUAGUGUUUUAGGAAAUAAGGUGCAUAGGCCAGCCUUCUGUGUAUCAGAUACUACUGACUGUUCCUUAACACUCGAUCUGUCGGAAGGAAAUGAUGCAAAGCUUGGAGGCAACAAAAUGAAAAAGGAUGAUGGUGCUAUGGCCCUUUUUAUGAAUGAUCUGGAAACUGGUGGUAGAUCCCUUUUAGGUGUCAGUUCUUCAUUUCCAGUUGAUAAAGAAGACUCUAGCAGCAAGCUUGGUCUUCCUAAGGAAAAACCCAUAAAGAGCAAAGAUUCAUCAGGACCAAAGAGAAACUCCCUAAAAGAAAAAUCUCCAAGUUCCACAAAAUCCAGCAGCGGACCUCCCAAUCAUCCCAGACCAGUCAGAACUUUGAAUGUCUCCGAGAAUGCAAAUAUGAGAAAAGUUGUGCCUAUUUCCAGGUCAACUAAAGCACCACCCCCUACUUGUACAAAAAAGCCAGAGGCUAAGCCAGCAUCUCGCGACACCACCAUAACUGAAACACGGUUGUCACGUCGCAAUUCUGUACGGGGUAUUGCUGAAACAGUGCCAAAACCUCUGUACAGGCAAAGUAUAUCUGUAGAGGAGCCAAAAUUUCAGCGAGGGACUACAUGUACAAGCAGUGGCCAUUUUGAGAGGGAGCAACUUCAGCACAAAGGCUCCUUCAAAAAGCCAGGCUGUAAACCUGUCAGGUAUGUCCCCAAAUCGAAAAACGAUGAAACGAAGAUAUGCCGCUCUUCGACCAAACCCCAGUCCCCUACCGAUACUAACAAAAGCACAUCUGUCAUUGUUCCCAAGACACCAACUCCUGUUCCAAGCUUUGCCAGGAAUACAGUGGCCUCUUCCUCGAGAUGUGCAAAGGUGGAGUUGCCAGCCUCUUCUAGACCUGCAACCCUCACAAGGUCUCUGUCUCAGAGGCUGCCUAGGAUGAGAAUAGCAACAUCAUCUGAUGAGUUUAAUCCAAGGGAAAACAGUGGAAGCCCUCUGAAAAGAGCAAACAGUGCUAGAAUGAUUAAACGGGGCACUGACUCUGUUGACCAUCUAAGUGUUAAGAUGGACUCUAUGCUAAGGGAAGAAAUAGACAUGGAGAAGUCAGCAUCCCUUAAAUUUAAAGAUGGGAAUCAGACUACAUUAGGGAAAUUACUGAAUCGCUUCUGAAAAUAAGGGGUUUAUCAUUUGACAAUAUAGAAUGUGAAAACCAGCUUUUUCAACACUGAAAGUUGUCUGUUGCAAAAUACCCAAGAAGUUGUUAUAUUUUAAUAGUAUCAGCUGGUAAUUAAGGUAUGUUGGUACAUCAGAAAUGAGAAGCUCCUUAGCUCUCUGGUCUUGAUCCUGCUGUAUGUCUGAAUUGAAUGUAUUCAAAAUGACUGUGAUGGAAUAGCUGUAAACAAAGUUUCCUUGCUUUUGAGACAUAGUACCUCCACGCUGAUUUUACAUGCUAAAGAAAUGGUUGUGUCUA